ACACAAAAAAACAAAAUGAAAAAUCACGAAAAGUACAGUAUAUGCUGAAAAUUAAUAUAGCUAUUCGCAAAUUGACUUGAAACAAGAAUGUGUGUAUUAAUGUUGGAGCGAUAAUAAAAGACGCGUAAAACGAAAAUAAAUAAUAAAAAAUCUAUUCUUUAUCUUUUUUUAAAUUUACAAACUUGAAAAUAUUGUUAGAUCACAAUUGUUGUGUCUUAAAAGAGAUCAAAUAAAUACACAAAGUAAUGACAUCAAGUAAACGAAUGUUGAAUAUAAAGGUGAUAUAAAUAAAAAAAAAGUGACAAAUAAAAUUAAACUAAUUACCAAUAUCUAACAAAAAAUGACAGCUAGUAGUGUCGAAUUUUUCCCAUGUCGUGCGCCGUUGAUGGGUUUACCACGAUCAUCUACUAGCCUUGCCGCAGCAAAUACUUCGAACAGCCUUGUGAACUCUAUACAUCCUCCAGCCGCCAAAAUAAAGGGUAUUAGUCGCAAUUUAUUUGGAGCACCCGACCCACUAGAAAUGAAAAAUCUCUACCAGCAAGAAGCUGAACGACAACGUUCAUAUGUUUUACAAAGAUACAACUUUGAUACAAUUAAUUCAAAACCAACAAAUGAAAAAGAACGACAACAGCAACCUACAGAUAAAAAUUAUACCAACCAAACCACAAACAACCCCGCAAAGCCUCUCACCCAAAUUCCCACUUUGAUUGAACUAGAGUUGAGGCAACACGAACAACGUUUGCAAAUUGAAGAGCAUGGACUUAAUCGAACAUCUUUAGAUAUGAAUCCACCAAAUGAGACAAUUCCCAACGAGACAAAAAGUGGUUCCAAGGUUACUCGUAGAUGUUGCGAAUACUCACUUUCCCUAUUGCCAGCAGCUGAGCGCCAGAAGCCCUACACUAGACAAUCCCUUCUAAAAGAAAGCUUUAACAUACGCAAAAAUAAAGUAUGUGUGACGAAAAAUGGAAAAGACUGUAAUGGUAAAAUAAUAUGUUUGGAAAACAGUCAAAACUCUCAUCGAAAUCUCGAAAUAUUACAGUUACCUAAACCAGAAAAAUCUCUACAGAAAGAAUGUAAUAUUAAUGAAAAUGGAUUUGAAUUGCGAACCUGUAACGAAGUUAACAAACAGGAACAUGAUGAAAUCGAAGCAAAUAAGAGCACAACUAUUAGCUGCAACGACAAUUGUACAACAUAUUCAUUACAACUUGUGGUAUCAACUCAAAAUGUAUCGUGAACAUCUACUCCUUUUUAUUUAAGACUCCAAAAUAUUUUGCGUAAAUCUGAGUAGGAGGAUAUAUAAAAUUAUAAAAUAAUUUUAUUGAAAAAAAAAAAACAAGAGGAAACAUAUGCGCUGGGACGUUAUUUCAAUGACAUUUUCCCUACUCACUAAAAAUUGCAAUUGUUUGUUUUAACUAAAAACAAAUUACUAAUAGUUUACAGGAAUUCAAAUUUUAUACAUUUGAAGUGAACUUUCAAAUGAUCUCAUUUAUAUGCAAACAACAAACUACUUUUAAUAAAUUAUAAUUAUAAUAAUUACGAUAAUGGUUUUUUUAAAGUUAUCUUCAGAGUUCUUAAAACAAAUAUUAACUUCAAUUAGAAAAAUAGCUAAUGCUUAUAUUUUUAUGACAUGUAAAAUGGUAGCAUUUUCUAUUUAACUUUUAACUAUUGUACAUUUUAUUAUAAAAUAUUGUUUUUCUAUUUACUAAUGUAUAUUUUUCAAUGCAUUUUAAAUCAUAACUAUGUACUAAUACUAAGUAUUUAUUUGGGGGAU